UGAGAUUAUACUACACAAUGUGUGACGUCAGAGGUUGAUGUUCAUUCAUAAACAACAUAACACCAACGGUGUGGAAAUAGAAAAUAAAAAGUAUUAAAAAGCCCUUUGGGCUGUAUUUUCAUCAUGUCACGUUCAUCGAAGACUUCUUUGCAUCACGGAUACAGUUUGUUAGAAGUCAAAUCUAAGCUUGAUGCAGAAUUCAGAAGAUUUUCAGUGGACAAGUCAAAACAACGCAAAUUUGAAGAUUUAUAUACAAAAGUUGAAAAGCUGCACCGCUUGAAGAAUGACCCCUUUGUAAUUACAUAUUCGGACAAAGAUGGUGAUCUGCUUCCUAUUAAUAAUGAUGACAAUUAUAACCUUGCACUUCAAACAGCCAAACACCUUCUACGUAUUAUGGUGCAACGUAAAGAAGAAUGUGCAUUUGAAGUAAAUGGAUAUGGCACGUUACAAAAGAAGAAAAGUGCAAUAAGCAAAAUGCUGAGUAGUGAAACACCGCCAAAGCCUCGUAUCAAAAUAAGUAUGCCAGAAGAUUUUAGACGUGUAUCAGCCAUAAUAGAUGUGGACAUUGUACCGGAAACACAUCGUCGUGUCAAACUGAUGAAAAAUGGUUCUGAUAAACCAUUAGGAUUUUAUAUUCGUGAUGGAACAAGUGUUCGAGUAACUCCACAAGGUUUAGAGAAAGUGCCAGCUAUUUUUAUUUCACGUUUAGUCCCAGGAGGUUUAGCUGAGAGCACUGGACUGUUAGCAGUUAAUGAUGAAGUCUUAGAAGUAAACGGCAUAGAUGUAGCCGGAAAAACUUUGGACCAAGUUACGGACAUGAUGGUUGCAAAUAGUUCUAACCUAAUAAUAACUGUGAAACCGGUCAAUCAGAGACUGACUCUUGCCCCAAAUCAACGUGGUGGUGUUGGGCGACAUUCCCAAAUGUCCAACAUAUCCCAGAGUUCCGCACAUUCUUCCCAGAAAUCUUAUGAUAGUGACAUUAUUAAUGAACAUGAAGAAGAUGAUGAUGAGGUUCAAGAUCUGUUGCCAAAGAGUGACGAUAAGUCAGAGAAGGAUAAGGAUAGUGCUGUAGUAACGUUAUAGUGUUGUUGUUGCAUCCAUUUUGAUGCUUUGUCAUGAAAAAAGUGCAUUUACUGUAUAUUUGUUAUUCUAAUAUUUCACUUUGAAUGUUUUCUCUAACAAUUUGUUUAUGUAGACUUUUAUGAAUGUACAAAUUGUACUUGUACAUCAUUGUACACUAAUUACACCUAUAUGCUAUCACUUGAUUAAUUUUGUUCAGUCAUUUCAUAUGCUGUAAAAAGAAGAUAGUAAUUUAAUAAAAAACUUAAUAUUUAUUUUAAUAACUUAGGUGAAAAUAAACUGCUUGUGGUAUCAAUCUCAUGUAAUUGUAUCACCUCGGUUUCCUCCGAAAAAAGAUUCAAUAGUAAAUUUUUUGUCCAUUUACAUUUGUAAUAAACAUGAUAAAAUGAAAACAGGCAAAUGAUUUAAUUUAUAAUAUUUUAAUUACUAUUACAGUGGAUUCAUUAUUCUUCGCUGGAUACCAAUUUUCAUGGGUUUUAUGGGUACUGGCCUGGUUAACCACAAAUUCAAAUGUUCAACCAAUAACAUAUUUUUGAUAGGCAUAUUGAUUGUAUACAGAGAUUGGAAAAACCAUGAGUUUAAAUAUCAAUGAAUAUGCAAGUUUUCUGCAAUCUACGAAAAAGAUACACACAAAAAUUAAUUAAUCCACUGUAAAAAUGACACUCAGCUUGAUGCUUCCAUAGUUUUUUUUUAAUUACCUCCCUUUACAGAAUUAUCUGCAAUUUGUGAUAAUUUUCAUCUGCUAAUUAUCAUGUGUGCAACAAACAUUAUAAAUUCUGAAACUCUUUUACUGAAAUGAUUGGUUUGAGAAAGAAUAAUGUUUGUUAGUAGAAUUUUUAAAUUACAAAAACUGUAAGAGUGUCUGUGUUAAUGUGUAAACCUUAUUAAAUUUGUGUUUCAAAAUUUAUAGAGGUCUUUUAGAAAUCAAGUGUGACUGCAUUUCAUAAAGUGAACUUUUUAUGUAAGAUUUUAAUUGCCCAAUGAGUAAGGCCGGAUAUGAUAGUUUUAGAUUGAAUAUGUAUUCACAUCUGCUGUUGAAAAUGAAUGUUUAUGUCAUGUAUGUGUUACCAAUGAAAGUGCAAUGAUUAUUACUGAUUGGAUCAUGUACAAGUACAUUGAGAUUGAUGUGUAUGCAAUAAAAGGGACUUCCAGAGUUAUAGACUCUUAUAGUUGAAUAAAAUUUUGUGACAAUUCGUAAGUUGUAAUAAUAACAUUGUAGAAUGUUUAGGUUCAUUUUUUUGUAAUCCUUUAUUCAUGAUUACAGUGUAUACAUGCAGGGCUGUUUAUUCUCACUUCCACAUUGAAGUGAUAGUAAAUUUCUUUAAAAAUAAGAUCGCAUCAACUUUGACUCCCCUGGUAAGGUUUAAAGAUUUUUUGGCGCUUAAAACAUGAUAGUAAGGACAGUAUUUUUAGGUGUGAGAAAACCUAUUUGCAAGAAUAUUUUCAUGGGAUGUAUUUUGAAGAAAAACAAUAUGAAGCCCUGUGCAAGAUAUACUUAAAGGUUCAUUCUGCUGUGUACAAGAUGUAUUUGAAUGUGUAUGUCGUCAUGUUCAUAUUUGUCAAGUAAUAUUUGAAUGGACCUUUUUCAACCUGUACAAUGUAUACUUUAAAUUGUUUAAAUAUAAUUAUAGAAUUAGAACUAUAGCUCAGACAACUUUAUCACAGAAUGUACAUUUUAAACAAUAAAACAGGUGAACAGUGUGUGAAGAUUUAUAUAUUUUUUUAUAUUUCUUGUAUUCCAUAGUUUUCAAGAGGUUGGAUAAGUAUUUUAACUGCUGAAAGGUUGUGAAUUUUUACUAUACAAUGUAUAUGGACCAUUUUGUUAUUAUUAUUUUUUUUAAGAAAAGCACUUGCCUUAAUGGUUGAUUUUUAAUGAAAAAAACAAUGAGUUGUGAAUAUUUUAUAUAUUUUUUUUGUCAUUUUUGCUUUUUCUCAUCUUUGUGGUGAUUUUUCUUCAAGAUGAACAUGUUUAUUUAUAUACACAAAGUUACAAUUCUUGUUUAAAUUUUUGUUUGUUGUGUUGUGCCAUGCAAUGUCCGUUUCACUUCAACAAUUUAUGCAAAUAGCCAUGCACUUAAAUUAACUUUUGAAAUUUGACGGUAAGAUGAUAGCGAACUCUCUGAAUUAUGAACUGGACAAAUAAACAUGUAUACAUGUACAUGGCCACAUUUUUUGAAUCAAAAAGAUAUGUUACAGAAGGAUAUAAUUUGAAGUAGGGGUUAUUUCCCUUAUUUGUCAUUUUGGUGGGGUGGGUGGGUGGUUUCCUUAUUUAACUGACCACAUUAAAACAUGGUACAAAAAAGUCUGAUGAAAGAUCCCAACAAUAGGGAAGUUAUGAAAUUACAAUUAUACAAAAACCACUUUUGCUCAAGUCCAGAGAUUAGAAUAGCUAUUUAAAUUUGGCUGAUUUAUGAAGGAAUAUGUGUAUGUAGUCCUCCAACAUGGCAACAAAGGUGAAUUAACUCUAGCUUAAAUUGUGUCAAAUGAAACCUAUUAAUUGAUACAUUGCUCUGUUUGUAUCAGAAACUUUUGUGUUUCUUUUUUUUUCUACAUUAAUACGGAUUUUGGUGCAUGAAAAGAAAAAUAUGUUUGGGCUUGGAAUGAUUUACUGUAAAAGUUGCCAUAAUUCAGUUUAGCUUGAGAUUUUGUGUGUGUGUUUUUCUAUUACUCCUAUUUACCUCUUCACAUAAAUCCAUGAAUAAAAUUUUUCUCAGAGUAGUCUACCUUAAUUUAUGUUGCAUAUACAUGUAACUAGGGCAGAAAAGAUGAACUCCUCUGAAAUUUUAAGGACCAAUUGAAACAACUAACGUACUCCAAGGAAGAGCGUCAAUACAAUAUAAAGGAUAUUAAACAAAUAUUUUAAAUCACCUUGUGUUUACAAUUUGAAUUUCAUUCAUGUUUAGCCCUUUAGUGAACCCUAUCAUUAAAGUUGUAUUUGAAAUUUAUUCCAGGUUUAACUGAUUUUGUUUUUUAUUUUGUGUACAAUACAUUGUUUAUGCGUGGAAACAAAUGUAAUUUAUAUAUUCAACAUAUUCUUAUGCAUGCAUGUUUUACCAUUUUAAGUCUUUUUAUACAUGUACUUGUAUUUAAAUCAUUUUAUAUGAACAACUAGCCAUAUAUGUUAUUAUUUAUUGUCUAAAAUUAAUCUGCUCUAAAAAGUGUCCCUAUUUUAAGUGGACAGCUAACGAUAUUCUAAUCAACAGCAUUCUUUUGUAUCACUUUGUCAUUUUAAGAUAUUUGUACACAAAUCUAAAACCUUGUGAAUUCAUAAUUUGUUAUUUGUGAAAAUGAAAAUAUCCUCAAUUUCUCUAAAAUUGAUUUAUCAAUUCAUUUGAUAUAAAAAAAAACUAAAGCCUUCAGUAAAGAUCAAAAUUCUUUACAUUAUACAAAUUGCAUACAUUAUUCUCACAUUUAAUUUAAUACAUUUUAUAUUGAUUUUCUUUCAAUGUUUUACACUAGGGUUUUUUUCUUGAAUAAGUUUAUGAAUAAAUAUAGGCAUGUAUAUGGUUUAUUAUACUGUGUUAUUGGAAAAGUAAGAAAACCUAAAGGAAAAAAAUAGUUAAUGGUCCAAAUAGAAGGAAAUUUCUUAUGCUAAAAAAAUGUACGCUCAAAUUACCUCAUUUAAAUCUGGCAUUUGUUUGAUAAAUAUCCUUAAUGACUUUAACGCCUUCUGUGAGGUCCAAACUGUAUAUAUAGAUCAACUUAUUCUACAUCACUGAUUUCAUUUAUUUUGAUCUUUUUGGAAAGUCAUAAUGUUUAUUGAAAAAACAGCAAUACAAAAAGAAGUUUUUCUAGUCAUUGUAAAAUUUAGUUUAGUUUUUUUUCUCCUUUAAGCCAGUAGACAGCUAGAUUUAGAAAAGCUUUGUUAGAAAAUAUUUCUUUUCGUUUGAAUAAACUUGCAUACAAUAUUAUUGAUGCUUUUUAGGUGCUGUAUAUUCUUUAAAAUUUAUCGGUAAGUUUUUAUCAUAAUUUCUUACAUUCCAUAAUAUUUUGCAAAAUCUUCCAGUUAAAACAUUCUUUCUCCCUGAAAACAAGUGAUAUCUUAUCGACUUAUACAUGUUGUACUCUUUGAGCAUGUUGUACUCUUUGAGCAUGUUGAGGUUAUUGAAAAAAAAAAUUAUCAGUUAAAAUACAUGAAGAGUAAGAGAAAAAAAUAAAUGUUUUGCUUUUUUCUCUGUAUCAAUAUAUUGUGGUUUCCUGAAGCAGGUUUAAACACAAGUUUCAAUAUUUACUUAUGUUUCUAUUUUCUCUGCAAUAUCUGUUGUAUAUUUUCAACAACAGAAAAAUGUCUGAUAACUUUUUUUUAACAAAAUGAAACAUAAAAUCUCUAUUACCUAGUUGAAAUAAACAAUAUUUUGUGUAAGGUAAUAUAUAUAUAUAUUUUAAAAGCACAAAUCUACAGCAAUAGAUGUUAUAAUAUUACCAUAUGAAUUUUAUAAAUACAAAAGUAUAAUAUAUAUAUAUAUAUGAAAAAAAUUAUAAAUGUAGAAUUGUUGUCUGUUGAUAAGCCUAAAAGUACCUUUUUCCAUAAAAAAAGGUAUUUUUUUUAUUAUGCUAUUUUUUCUUCCCCUUGAAUUUAGGGGGGACUGCAAUUUUGUCAUGAUACUUGUAGAAAAGUGAAAGUACAACUAUAUGGUAAACAUUUGAGACAAAAAAGGGUAAUAGGCCUAGGAAACCCUUGGCCUUAUAAACAAGAAUAUAUUUAACAUAAUCUGAUCAUAUUUCUUUACCACAAGUGUUUAGAAUAUAAUAAGAAAUACAACAAUAAAUUAUGAUCUUCUAAUAUGAUUCGACUGUUACAUAAAAGUAUUUCAUUUAAGAGUCCCAGGAGUUUUCACUUAUAACCAUCCACCAAAACUAAUGACAAUUGCUCAACAGAGAGUAAUUUUACAAUUGUAAAAUGUAUGAAUGUAUCUAAAAUUGUAAUUGUUUUCUUGGUAGACCCAGUUAAAAAUAUCAAACAUAUCAAAACAAUAAAGUAAAAAAAGGUUUGAUAAUAUGCUAUUCGACAUAAUAAGUUUCUGCAUGAAUUUAAUAACUUUUCAUUCAAAUGCUCUAAACAUUAAUAAUUGACAGAGAAACAAUUCAUACAAAAUGCAAUUAUAGUUAGAAUUGUAAAUCAAUAUUGUUUAACUUUUUAUUCAUUCCUGCCAAUUUAUAAAGUUCUGUUAACUAAUGUUUCACUGAUUCACUGUAUUAAGCAUUUUAAUGUAUUUGACUGAAUUUGUUUUACAUGUAAGCAGCCAGCCUGUUGGUUUUAAUCCAUUGUUUUACUAUAUACUGUUGUUACUUGGAUCAGAAUUUGUAAAGUAUAUUUUAAUAAUAAUAUUCUUGUAAUAUUAAACCAUAAAUCAUGAAA